CAGCUAAUCUUCUUCCUGGUCCACUUCAUCAACUGAGCGGCGGAAGGGGCUGGCCGGGUGGCAACACCGCCCCGGUAGCGACCUUCAGCCCUUCCUCGCCUCACGCCCCCGAGAGCGGUUGUCCCUUCCCCUAUGUGCGGCAGCACUAGCUGGAGGUGGCGGCAGCAGCGGGGAGCCCCCUGCCCGUCUCAAUGUUAGCUUGCUACUAAUGGGUGUGAGUAAACUGGAUAUUUUGUACAGACGGCUUCUACUCACUAAACUUUUCAUUCGAGGAUGGGGAAGACCAGAAGAUCUGAAAAGAAUAUUUGAAUUCAGAAAGAUUAUUGGAAACCGGGAAAAAUGCCAGAAGCUGGUUUCAAGAGAUUAUCCAGUGUUCAUUGACAAGGUUGAGGAGCAAUCAGACUGUAAAAUACUUGAUGGGCACUUCAUUUCCCCUUUGAUUCACUACAUUCCCAAUAUCCUGCCAACUGAAUCCAUCAUAGCAAGGUUUCAAUUCAUAAUACCCAAGAGAUGGAACAGCAAAUACAAACCUGUGUGCAUUCAUCUAGCAGGCACUGGAGAUCAUUACUACUGGAGAAGACGCACACUAAUGGCCCGUCCAAUGAUCAAAGAGGCUUGCAUGGCUUCUCUAUUGUUAGAAAACCCUUACUAUGGCUGCAGAAAACCUAAGGACCAAAUAAGAUCAAGUUUAAAAAAUGUCUCGGACCUGUUUGUGAUGGGAGGAGCUCUUGUUUUAGAAUCAGCAGCUCUUUUGCACUGGCUAGAGAGAGAGGGCUAUGGACCUCUAGGGAUGACUGGAAUAUCCAUGGGAGGACAUAUGGCUUCACUAGCAGUGACAAACUGGCCUAAACCAUUGCCAUUGGUUCCUUGUCUUUCCUGGUCCACAGCUUCUGGUGUCUUUACCACGGGUGUGUUGAGCAAAGCAGUGAACUGGAGAGAGCUAGAGAAACAGUACUAUACACAAACUGUUUAUGAAGAAGAAAUCAUUCAAAUGCUUGAAUAUUGUGGAACAGACUCUUUCAAGAUGGGACAAGACUUUGUUAAAAAUUCCCCCAACAGUGUGGACAGUCUGAACAACCUAGCUCUGACUUCCAGAAUGUUGAAUCUGGAUACCACAAGCAAAAUUCUGUCUACAGAAGCCAUUCACUGCCUUAGCACUAGUAAAAGUACUCUAAGUGCCUCAUCAGAAAGACUCUUACUGCAAGAUGCUCCUAAAAUGCAGUGUAUAAAUCAAACAUUUUCAACCAGCAGCAGUAGCAAUAAGAACUUCACCAGUCUGCAGGAGCACCUGAUAAGUGAAGAAAGGAAAAGGGACACUUUACAGAGAGAAUCACUAAGGUUCAUGAAAGGAGUUAUGGAUGAAUGUACUCAUGUAGCUAAUUUCUCAGUUCCAGUUGACCCAAGUCUAAUCAUAGUUGUUCAAGCCAAGGAGGAUGCAUAUGUUCCACGAACUGGAGUGCGCAGCCUUCAAGAUAUAUGGCCAGGAUGUGAAAUCAGGUAUCUGGGUGGAGGUCAUAUCAGUGCCUACCUCUUCAAACAAGGACUCUUCAGGCAAGCCAUUUAUGAUGCAUUUGAGCGCUUUCUCCAAAAAUAUGCUGUUUAAUGGUCUUCAUUAUUAAUUUGCUCAAUGUGGUCUUGUGUGAGCUUUCCAUGUCUGGAAUUGCAUAUUGGCGUGCUUUGGAAAGCCAGCCAAUUACACCAAUACUGAAUGGAUGGACACCAACACUGAAUGUCAUACCCAGCAAUUAUCAGUAUUGGCAAAGCAUUAAUAAUAGUAGUUUCAGUUCAACCAAAUGCCCAUCUAAGACAUAUCUGCAUUAAUUUGAACCAUGAAAAUUUUGGCAACAUUUGUUAAUGUAUGAGGGAUUCUAUGUACUUCAUAUUGUCUACUAUUUUAUCACUUCACAUAUGACAUUCUGUUCUGAAUAGUUUGCAUAUCAGCUGCAAAAAGACCAAUAUAAUGCCAAUAGAACUGUUCAAAUCUAUCCUUUAGAAUUUUAACACUUCUAUAUUUAAUGCAUUGCUGUUUUUUCCAGUUACCAAUUUUUUUCCUGCCCACACUGUUUUGCCCGCUUUUUCCUGUGCUGUUGCUAAAGAUUUGUUUUUUAAAAAGAGCUCCUCUUGCAAGCCCAACUUCAUGUGUUUCAUUGCCAUUGUUUGCGAUUGUCCCAAAUUCACUGUCGUGACUUAAAACUGCAGGAAUAAAUAAGAGAAGAUGGACAGCAAUGGGAAUAGAAAAGUCUCUCUCAAAAAAGUGUUAUCUAGGAAAAAAGUAAAUAAAGGCAUAUUUUAUUGACAUGUUUGAAAGCUUUCUCUAUUAUGGAAGUCCUUUUUUAUUUAAAAAAAAACAAAACACGUAGAUCAUUCACAGUAACUGUAUAGAUGUUCACAGCUGAAAAAAGAGUAACUGAAAACAGAGCACCCAGUAAUUGAUUUUUACAUAUUGUAUAAUUGAACAAUGUAUAAGUCUGGUCCCAUCAGCAUUUUAUAAUAGAAUUGCUGUAACUGAAAAUAGUUUCUUGGGAGUAAUCUUAAUGCAGAAUAUAAUACAGGUCUGUCGCAUCUUACACGCAUUUAACAUGCGCGAUUUCAGCUUUACGCGGUCGGCAAAAACAAAACAAACAAACAAAAAGAGAAAAAUAACCAUUUUAAUACUGUACCUGUAGUGCGGGCGAUUCCGCCCGCCAUUGAACUCAAUGUAAUUUUGAGUAUAUGCAGUUUUCGCUUUACGCGCUGACCGCGGAACAUAACCCCAGCGUAAGAUGAGACAGACCUGUAGCACAAAGACUGUUGAUUCUAUGUAUUGUUUAAAGCACCUUAUAUUCUGCUGUAGAAUUAAGACAACCAAUGUUUCAGAUACGUGGACAGUCCUUUUUUUAAAGUGUAAUCAGCACAUGGCUACAAACAUACCUUUCUUUUUACAACAUGUUAGAGUUACACAGACUACAUUACAAAAGAUGGCAGUUUAGAUCUUCUGUAAUCUCUCCUAAUUUUACAACAAUAAAAGUUUUUUUAAUUGGAUGAAAGUAAAAUAUUUAGGAUUCUGAGCAUGUUUAAAGAAUUAAUAAAAUUUGUAGUCUCAUACAAGACAUGAAACUUAAUUUAGUAAACUAAUAACACAUCCAUAGUUUAAAAGUAGUUAUCCAUUAAAUACUUUGGCAGUACUAUUUAAAAGUAAUAGAUUGGGGGAGGAAGCUACAGUUGAAGCAAGUUUUUUAGCAUUGUUUUGAUAUAGAAGAUGACUGGGAAUUACAAAUCUCGUUUUUUUUUCAGCUCAGUGUAAUAGUAAUGGAUAUGUGUCUUUCACCUUUCAAGCAGAGCAUUUUACUUCAUUAAGUUUAAAUGUUGAAAUUUCUACUUUACAUAUAAAGGAUAUGGAGCAAAUAAAAUUUUGCUUGUACAAACACACUCUUGAAAAAAUAAUCUUGCAAAUGAGGAUUGUAAAUGGGACCAGAUAUGUCUAUCUGUAAACUGGAUAACAAGUCCAGGAAAAACUGAAAAACACACAUUUAUAGUAAUUAAAUUUAUUUCAAGAACCAAAUGUACUGAAACUCUACCAUAGUACUUUUCUUUUAAUUGAAAUGUUUAAAAUGGAAUUUGUUUCCUUGAUGCAGUGUUUGAUAGAAAAUGUAUACCUCUACCCUGAUAUAACGCUGUCCUUGGGAGCCAAAAAAAUCUUACCGCGUUAUAGGUGAAACUGCGUUAUAUCGAACUUGCUUUGAUCCCCUGGAGCGUCGACACCUCCCCCCUCCGGAGCGCUGCUUUACCGCGUUAUAUCCGAAUUCGUGUUAUAUCGGGUCACGUUAUAUUGGAGUAGAGGUGUAUAAUAUUGUGAGCAAGUGAUAAGCUUCAUCCAGUGACUAAAACAUUUGUGAUAUUAAAAUACUGAAUGUUUAUAAUUUAGAAAAUGCAAGUUUUCAAAAGCAAAUACAUGUAAGAUUAAUUUUUAA